AUGUUUUUAGGUUUAUGUGAUAUUUCUAAAAUGCAUCAUCAUCACCACCAUCAUCAUCAUCACCAGAGAAUGGCCACAUUAGGGACGGAUAAAGAACUUAGCGAUUUACUGGAUUUCAGUGCGAUGCGAAACAGCGAUUUGAAAAUGUUCCCAACAUCAAUGAUGUUUUCCCCUCCAGUCAGCAGUGGAAAAAAUGGACCGACGUCUCUGGGAAGUGGACAUUUCUCCGGCUCAAAUUUGGAAGACAGAGCAAGUUCGUCUUGGGGUAAUGGAGUUCGUGCCGCAAAGAAUUAUGCUGACGGCUCACAGUACGGUCACAUGGCCAGCCGGGACCUGGGAUCACAUGACAGCAUCUCUCCGCCGUACGUCAACUCUAGAUUAGCAGGUAAAACAGAACGAGCGUCGUAUUCGUUUGGACGAGACUCAAGCGUACACGGCUGUCAUCAGUCUGGUCUCAUGGGAGGUGAGGUGGGGAUGGUCAGUCCCGAGACUGUGUCACCCACCAAACUGGGCUCGCAGUAUUACCAGCAUUACGCAGGAAACCCGCGGCGACGACCCCUGCACAGUGACUCCAUGGAAGUCCAAACGAAAAAAGUUCGGAAAGUUCCUCCUGGAUUGCCGUCAUCGGUAUAUGCCCCAUCUGCCAGCACUGCCGAUUAUAACCGUGAUUCACCGGGUUACCCCUCAUCAAAAGCACCGGGCAGCAGCUUUCCCAGUUCUUUCUUUAUGCCAGACGGUCAUCACAGUACAGAUCCAUGGAGUUCAUCCGGCAGUAUGAAUCAGCACGGUUACAACAGCAUGCUGGGAAACUCCACACACAGCGCGCAAAACAGCAGUUACUGCGGCAUUCACCCGCACGACAGACACAGUUACCCGUCUCACUCAUCAGCUGAGAUUAAUCCCAGUCUUCCUCCCAUGUCCAGUUUCCAUCGCAGCGGUGGGACGAAUCACUACAGCGCAGCGUCCUGCUCCACCACGACUAACGGGACGGACAGCGUUAUGGCCAAUCGAGCACCGAGCGGAGCAGCAAGCAGUUCACAGACGGGAGACGCGUUAGGAAAGGCUCUGGCUUCAAUCUAUUCCCCCGACCACACCAAUAACAGCUUCUCAUCAAACCCCUCCACCCCUGUGGGAUCACCCCCCUCGCUCACAGCUGCUAGUUCAGCCGUUUGGUCGAGAAACGGUCAGGGAGCGUCAUCCCCAAGUUACGAGCCGCCACUGCACUCGCUGCAGAGUCGUAUCGAAGACAGGUUGGAGCGAUUGGAUGACGCGAUUCACGUGUUGCGCAGUCAUGCGGUCGGUCCGUCCACAGCGAUGCCCGGCUCCCACGCGGACAUGCAUGGACUGAUCACUCCCUCACACUCUCAGAACGGGGCGAUGAGUGGCCUGAGCAGUGGGUACAGCUCAGCACUGCUGCCCGGCAACAGACACUCACUCAUGGUGGGCGCUCAUCGGGAGGAUGGCGUUGGUUUAAGGAGCGGUCACUCCAUCGUGGCCAAUCAGGUUCCAGGAACGCAACUUCCCGUGCAGUCGUCCACUUCCCCCGACCUCAGCCAGCCCGACCCUUACAGGGCUCUCUCGGCGGGUCUGCAGGGUCAGAGCGUCUCGUCCGUGAGCUCAGAGAUUAAAUCGGAAGAUGAAGGCGAUGAGAAUCUGCAGGACAGUAAAUCACUGGACGCAAAGAAAGAGGACAUGGACAGCAAGGAUCUGAAAUCUUUAGAGAGGUCAAGAUCUAGUAACAAUGACGACGAGGAUUUGACCCCGGAACAGAAGCUUGAGCGCGAGAAAGAGCGACGGAUGGCGAAUAAUGCUCGUGAGCGUCUGCGUGUUCGGGACAUCAACGAGGCAUUUAAGGAGCUCGGCCGCAUGGUGCAACUGCACCUGAAGAGCGACAAACCGCAGACCAAACUGCUGAUACUCCACCAGGCUGUCGCUGUCAUCCUGAGUCUGGAGCAACAGGUCAGAGAGCGGAACCUCAAUCCAAAAGCGGCGUGUUUGAAGAGACGGGAAGAGGAGAAGGUGUCGUCGGACGGCCCUCCGCUCUCAUUGGCCGGUGCCCACCAUGGCAUGGGCGAGACGUCCAAUCCCAUGGGACAAAUGUAAACAGCCACACCCCCCCGUAAAUGGUCGAAGCUGCCAGAAUUCAUCAAAAUGAUGAGCGAUCACUUCCUUUGACAACGCCAUCUGUGCCCCUGAAUGUCAGUCAAACAAUCAAUGAAUCAAUCAAACCUCCAUCUGAACGACCAACCCCCAUGUGUUCCUCUUCCUGCGUUACGCCAACAGACGGAUGUGCUGUAAAUUAACGCGGGAUGGGCGUGCAUCUCUCCCUCUAAGCAUUCCCUGUUAAAAAAACGAGACGUUUUAGCGUACGCACACACAACAAAAGAUUCGAAACGUGCCGACGGAAGGGGGGAUUCUUCAAACAUAUCAUGAUGUUGUUGCAACAGCUUUUGGAGGUGUCGCGAGCAGCUGAGUUUAAUGGCAAUCUCGUCCACACUGUGGAACUUUUGUAACUGUGCCUCAUGGAAUUCCACACGGAAGUCUAAACGGAAGAAGAGAUUUAUGACAUUUUGAAUCAGUCCAUAUAGAGAUCGGAUCAAGAGAGAGAGAGAGAGAGAGAGAGAGAGAGAGAGAGAGAGGCUUUUAAUCAACAACAGUAUUCAAAAAUUGGUCAAAUCUUUGCAAUAAUGAUUUUAGUGUUGUACUUCACAACUGAACAUGUGGUUUUGAAAACAAGCAGACAAUACAAAUUUCGAGGCCAUUCCUUCACCCGGGUAGAACACGUCUGGGCUCAUUUUACGAAAACCUGACUGUCAGUAAAGAACCUAAGGUCACUUAAUAGGGAGUCAGGUAGCCACCACGCCACAAGAUAACAUUCGGAAGCCCCAGCUGGUCAUUCCUCCGUUUAUUUGUUUGCUUUCUGCCCUGCUCUAGCCAUCGGCUCUCCUAAACCCCUUCCACACCCUGACGAUGCAAUUUACACACAACUACACUUCAACCAAUGUGCCUUUUAGAGCUCAUAUCAUCACACAAACCGAGGAGAACAUUAUCAGAACUUUCUAGGUUGCAAGCUUAGGAAAAUAUUAGUCAUUAGGGUCUAUGCAGUCAGCCUUUUUAUGGCCUGGAAUUUAAAAAAAUAAAAAGUAAAAAGGGAAAAAAAGUAUUUUUUGGAUAAACUGUAUUUAAUGUACUGUAUGCCUAUAUGUAAUUAGAAGGUGUGUCCAGCCCCUCGUGGCCCCACCCAUAGCCCCACCCACAGCCCCGCCCACCUCUACAAGUCGCCACCUGUCGACGUUACGACGCGUUAUUGAGCAUUGUAUUAUAGCUAUCAGCUUUUCUGAAUACUGGCUUGUUGUUGAGCCGCUGUAGUCCUCAGUACAAAUGUGUGGUUAUACGUGUAAAAAAUGGCUUUUUCUCCUUUUUUAUCUCUCUUAUUCUUUCUGUACUGGCUUCUCUGUCAAAAAAAAGGAAGAAAAAAAAAUAACGAAGAAACCGCGCAAGGAUCGGCAGUGGUUUUAUCGACGCAAUCAACAAGAGGCACUGAAACUGGACAAAAAAAACAAAAAAAAGUCUAUUGGGAAAUCGACACAUAUAUAAAUGUAGAAAUAUAUACAGUAUAUAAAGAGAGUUGUCGAUUGCAUUCGAUUGAAAGUACGUGAGGAUUUUUCUUUCUUUCCAUAAAGCUUGAGCGGAGACGUCCUAAAGGCACUCUUACGUUCCAAGAGAUGUGACUAUGUUGUGAUAGUUUUCAUGACGUCAUCGUGAUUCUACGACCGUCAUCCGCUCUCGCCGGCAAGAGAAACACGGACAUUUGUAAAUUGUAUGCAACAAAUGCAAACUUACCAUUAUUUUGAAACUGUGUAUGUAAAAGUUAUAUUUUUACAUGUAGGCUGUUGUUAUUUUGUGUUUUAGAAAAUGCGUUGUAUCAGUUUUUUCUUCUUUGUUAUAUAAGGCGGAAAAAUAAUUCAUUGUGUGUUGAAACGUGUCACAUUAAAAAUGUAGUGAGCUCAAAAGCAACAAAAAAAAAAGACGAUUAUGUUUAUAUUUCUGGGAACAUUUUUCUUUUAUCAGAUGUGCGUGUGGGGGUCGGGAGUCAAAGUUUAUAAGAUAAUUCAUUUAAUCAUUGCAUUGUCAUUUUUUAUUGUAUUUUUGUGUAAAUAGGAGUGACGAGAUGUUUUUCUGGGAUGUUUACUGGCGGACGCUAAUUACGUGGAUAAAUCCCUGCCCAUGAUGUGCCUGGGUGAAUACGUAAUUAACGUUAAUGUGUGUCAACAAUCAGAUUUUAAUUUCCAUUAUCACUUUUGUAAAAAGACCAGUGACACUAGUUGUAUGUCUGUGGAAGAACUGACGCAACUUAUUUAGUGGCGAUUUUUCAAAACUACGGCAAAAUUGCGCCACGCAUUCGCCACUGGCCCUCAAAAUUGCUGAGUAUUUUUUUUUCUUUACCAAACAUGCAAAAUGUCAUGCAUUUUUAUACUUUUAUUUUUGUUGCAGGUCCAAAUUGCUUUGUCAUAACGCUUAACAAAAACACUCCAAGUAUUUAAAAGUGUCGUGCAUCUGUACUUUUGCUUCACACAUGAUCGUGUACUUGUCUUUCAGUAAAUUCUCAACAUCUGAAGUUGUAUUUUGCCAGUGCUAAAGAUGUUUGACUAAUUCUCUCCUUGUGCCAUCAUGAUGUUGUAGCCGAUUUAAUUACAAUGAUUGCCGUGGAAAAAGAUGCUGUUUUCCUAUUGGUUGUUCAUAAUGUACAUACUUGUUAUUGCUUUUAUUAACUGAUUUUUAUUAUUAUUAUUAUUAUUUUUAGUCAAAUGCAAAACUGAACUGUAAGCGAUCUCUUUUUCAUCGUCAGAAUUAAACCCUGGGCAGUGUUCUCUAAAACUCUAGAGGUUUGUGACAUAAAGAUUAUUUGAUGCAAACAGCAAUGUACAAGUGGUCCUUGCUAAUUUUUCAAAGUAUUCAUCAUGCACAAGAGUUCAAAAGAUGUGCGGUUUGUUUGUUUGCUUGGGUGGUCGUGGUGCAUUAUGUCAUCAGUUUUUUUUUGUUUUUUUUUGAGAAAUACAUUUUCUCUUUGGCACUCCAGUGUGAUUUUAAUAAAGAGAGACAUUCUAGAAGCCAUCGAGAGCUGACCAAUCUUCAAUCUCCACUGCCAGAUAAUCGAUGAACGCAUGCUGAUAUUUUCACAUCAGUAAAGUGCUGAUCAACUUCAGCGAUGUUAAUCAACGAUUCUACUGAAAAUCACACCAACAUCAAUACAAAAUACAUCAAUACAAAAAAACAAAGUUUUCCAGUAAAAAUAUCUAUACAUCCUUAUAAAAAGAUAAAUUUACUUGCAAAUUAAAAUGUUAAAAGAUAUUAAGACUUUUAUUCUGAGAAUAUAUAUAAACCCAUUGCUGAAUAGUUUUUCUUAUUUUAAUAAAAAAAUCUAAUAAAAUGGGAUCCUGGGUAUCUCAGCGAAUAUUGACGCUGACUAUCACACCUGGAGUCGCAAGUUUGAAUCCAGGGUGUGCUGAGUGAUUCCAGACAGGUCUCCUAAGCAACCAAAUUGGCCUGGUUGCUAGGGAGGGUUGAGUCACACGGGGUAACCUCCUCGUGGUCGCUAUAAUGUGGUUCUCGCUCUCGGUAGGGCGCGUGGUGAGUUGUGUGUGGAUGCAGAGGAGAAUAGCGUGAAGCCUCCACACGCGCUACGUCUCCAUGGUAACGCGCUCAACAAGCCACGUGAUAAGAUGCGCGGAUUGACGGUCUCAGACGCGGAGGCAACUGAGAUUCGUCCUCCACCACCCGGAUUGAGGCGAGUCACUACACCACCACGAGGUCUUAGAGAGCAUUGGGAAUUGGGCAUUCCAAAUUGGGGAGAAAAGGGGAGGAAAAAAAAAAUUUGAAUAAAAUUUUGUCAGGUUAUUAUUAUUUUACACAAUAUUACGGAGCCCCUUAGACUAUUUUCUGAAACAGUUUUGCAUUCCCUCACAAUUACUUUGUGUUCCCUCGCAAUACCAUUAUCCAUCCCUUACGAAAAUUAACUAUGAUUUACUACACUAAACACAGUUGAACUAUGGUAUUUGUAGUAAAACUAUAAUGACUUUGGUGUUUGUAGUUAAACUAUAGUAACUUGGUAUUUGUAGUAAAACUAUAGUAACUAUGGUAUUUAUAGUAAAGCUAUAGUGACUAUGGUAUUUAUAGUAAAGCUAUAGUGACUAUGGUAUUUAUAGUAAAGCUAUAGUGACUAUGGUAUUUGUAGUAAAACUAUAGUAACUAUGGUAUUUAUAGUAAAGCUAUAGUGACUAUGGUAUUUAUAGUAAAACUAUAGUGACUAUGGUAUUUGUAGUAAAACUAUAGUAACUAUGGUAUUUAUAGUAAAGCUAUAGUGACUAUGGUAUUUAUAGUAAAGCUAUAGUGCUAUGGUAUUUAUAGUAAAACUAUAGUAACUAUGGUAUUUGUAGUAAAACUAUAGUAACUAUGGUAUUUAUAGUAAAGCUAUAGUGACUAUGGUAUUUAUAGUAAAACUAUAGUGACUAUGGUAUUUGUAGUAAAACUAUAGUAACUUGGUAUUUGUAGUAAAACUAUAGUAACUAUGGUAUUUAUAGUAAAGCUAUAGUAACUAUGGUAUUUGUAGAAAAACUGUAGUAACUAUGGUAUUUAUAGUAAAGCUAUAGUGACUAUGAUAUUUGUAGUAAAACUAUAGUAACUAUGGUAUUUGUAGUAAAACUAUAGUAACUAUGGUAUUUAUAGUAAAACUAUAGUAACUAUGGUAUUUAUAGUAAAGCUAUAGUAACUAUGGUAUUUAUAGUAAAACUAUAGUAACUAUGGUAU